AUGAAUGCAGAAAGUGUUUGUAAGUGUUCUGCAUCAUCUACCUAUAACUCAAAAAAAGUAAAUUUUUUCGAUAAUAUUGAAGAAAAUGUUGCUCGUCCAAGAAAUAAAAUAAAAUUUCCUGUUAUUUUGACUAAGUAUGAUACUAUGGUUAAUAGCAACCCUGCAACACCAAUGCCUCAGACUAAACCCACUUUAAAACUUAAUUCACCGAUAAUCGAACGAUUUCAACCUUACGAAUGUUUUCGUGCUCCUGGUCCACGUGAUGAUCCAAAAAAAAGAUAUUUAAAUUUAAGAAAAUAUUAA